ACCACUUGGUCAUCAAACCCAUUCAUUUUGCUAUCAACCCGCCAGACCCCGGGGCCGGCCCCAAGGUGGGGAUAGCUGGGGUGGUGCCCCCAGUGCACUGGCACCAGACCCCGAGGUGGGUGGAGCACGAUAUGGGGGGGCUGCUCCUGGAAACUGCCCACCACUGCAGACAGCCCCAGCCAGAGCUGGUAUCCCCGCUCCCACGUCACCUCCACCGGCUGAUGGCAAUGCCCAUGCCCCAGUUAUACCAGCCCCCUGCCCUGGCUAAUGCAGCAGAGAACUGGGACGCCCCAGGAAGCUGGAGGGGUCCACGGGUCCCCUUCAUGCUUGGCCCUGCUAAGCCCAGCUCUCCCAGCAUGACUGCUUUUUUCCGCCUGGAAGAUGCAGGUAAUUGACUCUACUCUUGCCUAGGUUGACUUCCGGUUCUCCAGGGCAGGCACCAUCCCUUGCUUUACAGACGUACAGCACCGGGCACAAGGGGAGCUGGAGCCUACAGACCCUGUUUUUUCAGAUGCACACGGUGAAGAUGGAUGUCUGUAGGCCGGUCUUUAUCCUGCUGCUGGCUGGGAUCCUGGCAGACCGCCCUCAGGUCCUGGCCUUCCCCCUCCACAGGAGAGACCUCUUCCCCAUCAAGGACGUGAGGCUGGACAUGGCACCCAGCGCCUUCGAUGACCAGUACAAGGGCUGCGUUGCCAUGAUGGAGGCCGAGCUCGGGGCGCUGAACCGCUCGGAGUUCUCCAGCAACCGGGUCUACGCCGAGGCCUGGACGGAGGCUGCCGCUAAGUGGAAGGAGAAGCAGGCGGAGACCCCGGUGCCUCCGGACCUCAAGGCAGAGCAUGCCAUUGCCAUCAUGGCCUACACCAUGCAGGGACCCCUCCACAGGGACUUCAACGCGGCCGUGAGGGAGGCAGGCCGCACGCGGGAAAACUACCUGGGCAGCUUCAACUUCAAAACCUUGCAUUUCCUUCUCACGCGGGGCCUGCAAGCCCUGGGGAACGCGCAGCACCCCCGGUGCCGCAAGGUGUACCGGGGCGUGAAGGGGGUGCGGUUCCUGUCCGAGCGGCGCCAGACCGUGCGGUUUGGCCACUUCACGUCGUCGUCCCUGAGGAACACUAGCGCCCUGCAGUUUGGGCAGGACACCUUCUUCUGCAUCCAGACCUGCCACGGCGCCGGCAUCAGGAACUUCUCCAUAUUCCCCACCGAGGAUGAGGUGCUCAUCCCGCCCUUCGAGACCUUCACGGUCAAGAACUUCACCCGGGCCGGAGACAGGACCCUGAUCGAGCUCGGCUCCCUGGACAAGUCCAGCUCCUACAACUGCGAGUUCGUCAAAGAGAAAAGAUGCAAGACCCAGAGAUGCACGUUCAGCUCAGCAGCAGGGGCGAGCAGUGCAUCCUGGAGCCUGUUCCUCCUCUGGGGCUUCCUCGUGGCGGCCAGCACCCAGGUCGCUCUGCCGUCUUAACCAGCACCCACGAGCGAGGACGGCUGACACGACGCCGGCGACGAGGCCGCGAACGUGCAGGGCAAAACUGCUAACCCCAAAACUGCUGGCGCCUGGCAUGGGGGCAGCUCCGGGGGGGGUGGGAGACUCCCACAUGGAGCUGGACCCCAUGGCCAGGUGCAAUGUGCCCCGUGUAGAUUCGUGCAUGGCGCAGGACACCAACGCUGCUCCAGCUUCAUGCCCACCCAGGGGGCCUGGGCUACACCUCAGCUGGAAAGAGCUGAGACCCCCGGCAUUGGCUGAGCAGCGCAACAGGCUGGCAGGAAAGCCAGCUUUCUCCCCCGUUUCUGCGUGGUGCAUUGCAUACAGGCCUCCGCUACGAGCUCCCUGGCUGCGAUAUCCCCCUCCCCUCCCACGUCCAGCAUCCACGAUGGGGCAGGGCUUUCACACAUGCUGCCUUGGACACGCGUCGGCUCUGAAAUGAGCUCUCUCAGCUGGUAAAGCCGUGAGACCAGUGACACACGGGAGUCUCACUGCACCCCUAGGCAGACCAGGAUCUUUGGGUAAAUCCGAUCUCUUUUAUUAGACUAACUAAAAAAAGAUAACUAAGAUAGACUGGAUUUACCCAAAGAUCCUGGUCUGCCUAUGCCCUUAGGCCAACGCGGCUACAACCUAUAUGCUCACAUCAGCCUUGGAGGUGCCGGUGACCCCGGGGCAACUGGGUGAUGGAGCAGGGGGGACCAGGGGGUGUUUCCAAGCUGGUGCAGUGCAUGGGGUGGUUCGCACAGGGGUGGUCCUGCCCUAAGCAGGGGUUUGACCCUGCCAGCCCUGUUCGUCCGUGACUCAAAGGCAGCGUGCUUCCCCACCUCUGCAGCCUCAAGACCCCCAUUCAGGAGCUGCCAGUGCUGAGCUUUCACUCCUUUUUCUGCCUACAAAAAAAUAAUAAAAAUAAGACGAGCAAUUCUGCUAUUGCAAAGAGCCCGGCAAGCUCAGCGCAGGGCAGGAGGAAUCGCACCCUCUGAAAGCUCCGGGUUCAUCUGGGCAGGUUGCUCAUCUGCA